GCGCGGAGUAGAAGCCGGGCGCAGGCGGGCUGAGCGCGACGCGGGCGGGGAUGCGCGCCCUCCUGCAGCCCCCGCUCCCGGGCCUGGGCGGGGUGCGACCCGAUGGCAGGUAGCAGCGGCCUGGGCGGCGGGGCCAGGGGCGGCCAAGGCCCAGGAACCGGGCCGGGGGCUGCGCUCCGGGCGCCCCGUGCGCCGCUGCUUCUCGCCGCGCUGCUGCUCGGCGCCUACUCCCUCUGCGCCCUCCCCGGCCGCUGCCCGCCGGCCGCCCGCGCCCCUGCGCCGGCUCCCGCGCCCGCUGAGCCGCCCCGCGCCGCCCGCAGCCCAGGGGCGCCGGGCUUGCAGGUGGCCAGAGGCCCGGGCCGCCGGCGCUUCCCGCAGGCGCUCAUAGUCGGCGUGAAGAAGGGCGGCACGCGCGCUCUGCUGGAGUUCCUGCGGCUGCACCCCGACGUCCGCGCGCUCGGCUCCGAGCCCCACUUCUUCGACAGGUGCUACGAGCGCGGCCUCGCCUGGUACCGCAACCUGAUGCCGCGCACCCUGGAUGGGCAAAUCACCAUGGAGAAGACCCCCAGCUACUUCGUGACUCGGGAGGCCCCUGGGCGCAUCCACGGCAUGUCCCCGGACACGAAGCUGAUCGUGGUGGUGCGGAACCCCGUGACCCGGGCCAUCUCCGACUACGCGCAGACGCUCUCCAAGACCCCGGGCCUGCCCAGCUUCCGCGCCCUGGCCUUCCGCCACGGCCUGGGCGCGGUGGACACGGCCUGGAGCGCCGUGCGCAUCGGCCUCUACGCGCAGCACCUGGAGCACUGGCUGCGCUACUUCCCGCUGUCCCGCUUCCUCUUCGUGAGCGGCGAGCGUCUGGUCAGCCAGCCGGCCGCCGAGCUGGGCCGCGUGCAGGACUUCCUGGGCCUCCGGCGGGUCGUCACCGACAAGCACUUCUACUUCAACGCCACCAAGGGCUUCCCCUGCCUCCGGAAGGCGCAGGGCAGCCGCCGACCCCGCUGCCUGGGCGGGUCCAAGGGCCGGCCCCACCCGCGCGUGCCCGAGGCCGUGGUGCGGCGCCUGCGGGACUUCUACCGGCCCUUCAACCGCAAGUUCUACCAGAUGACCGGCCAGGACUUCGGCUGGGACUGACGGGGCCACGUCCUGCCUGGGGACGCUCGGUGACCUGAAUUGAUGCCCAUGGCCCGGCCAGAGCAGGCUGCGACACAUGCUGGGGAGAGAGAAAUAUUUAAGAGAUAAAGUCUGGAUUUGUGUUCUACAGGACCUUGAGGACCGCAGAGUGAGGGCUGGAGGUGCCGCCGCCCAGGGAAGUGAUAAUCAUACCAGCUGACUCUGCCGGGCACAGUUCACCCGAGAGGAGUGGGCCAAACCCAGUCCUCACACAUCCCUUGAGGUGUGCAGUGAGCUUGGCCAUAUGUCACAGAUGAGCAACUGAGGCGCAGAGAGGUUUAGGGCCUGCCCAGUGACACACAGCUUAGCCCUGGUGACUCUGGAGGCCAUCCUUGGGCUCUCUUCUCAGCCCCGGAAUGCUGAGCUGGGCUGAUCCCAUGUUCUGGAUGAGGAAACUGAGGCCCCAGGUUGCCCACUUGCCUGGUAGGGCAAGAUUAAAGCUGGGUCUAUCCAACUCUUCCCGCUGCACCCAUGACCUUAACCAAUUCUGCAUCCUAGCUCCUUGAGGAUGCUCUCUCCUAGAAACCUGGUGGAAUUGUGGGACAGUGAGCGUGACUGGUGUGUGCAGGAGGUGGUGCUUCUAACGGCCUCCAAGCAGCUCCCAGCACAGCCCUCCACCACCCACCCAGGCACCGCCCACCACAGGCCUCCUGCAGCAGGUAACACCCCCACCAAGGCCCCACCCACCUCACAGGGCUGUUCGCUCAACGCCCCACCCCAACCCCGCCCCAUGGCCCCAGGCCUUCCAUGCCCCAGUUCUGCUGUGUUUGUUCAGCUCCCUCCCCCUGGGAUGGGCAGGAAUGAAUGCCCGUCUGCAGCUCAGCUGCCCGCUCAGCUCCCGACUCAGGCCGGACUACUCUCCCCCAGGAAAUGUGGGGCCCUCUCAGUAAUAACUGUGACCUGCUCCUGGCCACAGUGCUGUCUGCCAGGUGGCCACCAGCUGCCCCGGACAAUGACUUCCAGGGCCCCUUAGGCCCAGGCCUGGCGUGCCUCGGCUGCCCUGGGCCCUCAAAGGACCUGGCUGUGGCCUCUGUGCCCUAGGCCUUGGGUCCAUCUCGGAUCCUUGGCGCUGAUGUGGCCUUUCCACCCCUGGGCUGCUUGGAGCUGCUCCCUGUCCUGAGCCCCUGGGAGGAUUUUCAGGGGAGUGGCCGCUUGUCAGUUCACCGCCCCCUUCUCUGGCUGACUGUGAGCCAGUGGCCCCACCAGUCACUGUGGCCACUGUCUUUGUCACGUGACCCCACCUGUAGUGUGGAUGUGGGGUCAGCCGAUGUCAGUGUGAGAGGAGGCUCAGCAGGAGGUGAGGAGGGAGACAGGGGCGUCUGUCUCCAGUAGCCCGGUCACCUGCCUCUUGCUCCUGCUGGGUCUGGGCCCAGAGGACACUCCGAUCCGGAGCUGCCCUGCGGGGCCAGCACAGUCUCAAGGCUCUGCCAUUCGGGCCAGGCCAGGGGCAGGUCCCGAGUGACCUGGGUGGCAAUGUGGGGGCAGAUGUGGGCAGAUAUGGGUGAGAUGUACCCACAGCCUCCUCCAGCUGGCCCAGUUUGCAAUGACGAGGGUGACGAGGGGGCACACUCCUCUUUGGGAUCCCUGCUGGGGGGCAAGCCCUGGACUUGGCAGCCCCAUCCCCAUUCUCCAUGCAGGGGCCUCACUCAGGGAUGGCAGGGCAGCCCCUGACCCCUGGCCUGGUUCCCAGCCAGGCCACGCAUGCUUCUUCUUCUCCCUGGACACACCCUUGUCCACACGACCACUGUCUCUGCCUGGAUGGCUUCAGGCCACCUCUCUUGUCCUCCUGCGGUGAGCUCUCCACAUGCACACAGCACGGCAGCAGAGCAGUAUCUUCAGGGUAAACCAGAUCCCGUUAUUUUAAAACACUCCAAUCUUCUCCCCCCCAUCCCAUUGUUUCUAGAAUGAAGACCAGAUGCCUGACCAGCUGUUAAGGCCCUCUGAGGCAUGCCCCUGACCCCAGCCUAGAUGCUCCUCUCACCCUUAGCCUCUGUUCCAUCUACCGUGAUUUUCCUGACCUCAUAGCCUUUGCACAUGCUGUUCCCUCUGCUUGGAAUGCCUUUCCCUGAGGAAGGUACAGACUGAGAGGGAGGCAGACUUAGGACGAGGCAGCUGUGCUCUCACUCCAGGCUCAUUUCCUCCCUGCACUUAGAGUCCCUUUCCCGAGCCCGCCAACGUGACCCACUUUUCCCUUCCUGAAGCUUCUUGGAUGCACAGCUGGGAGCCACUAGUUUGUCUGACUUUGGGGCCCAGGCCCAGCUCGGAAGGCAGACUCUGGAAGCCGCAAGGAGAAAGGGUGAACUGGCUUGUUCUACUUACCCUCCUCCCAGUGGAAACGGGGCCUGACUGCCGGCGCCCAGUGCCAGGUGCCCAGCUGGGCCUCAGAACACACUGAGGGCAGAUGUGGUGCGUCCUCCCAGCUGUUGUGGGGGUGGGGCUCCGUGGGAGAGUCAUCGGCCUUUAAUUAAAAAGUCCCUAAAUUGCUUCCCCAGCUGCUCAGUGGGUUUUCCAUGUUGGAAUGUUCCAGAUGGGGUGAGAAGUGCUGAUUCAAUUACUGUCUUCCUGUUCUGCCCAGUGGAGGAGAGGGGGCCAGAAACCCCUUCUCCCCACUCCAAGCCCAGCCAGACUGGGAUGGGGGUGGUGGGGGUGGUUCUCACAGCCCUGGGUGUCCAGACAGGGGCUUGGAGACACCUGGGGAGGUGGCUGCUUCUUCCUGGGGGGGUCCUCGCCUACCCCAGACCUUCUGGCCAUGGUUGGUGCGGGCUGGGGGCCCAUGGGACCCAUUCUCCCUGCCCCUGGGGACGGCAGGAGCAUUGGGUGAGGACAGGGACAGUGUCCUCCCCUCUGGGCCCUGCACGUGCAGGCUCUGGAAACCCUGAGCAGAGCCUGGCCCAGCAGCCCCGUAUCAAGCUGGAGAGAGGGGAGGCAUCGGGACGCUGGCCUGAAAGUUCUUCCGUAUCAUGAAUCUUCGCUGUAGAUGAGAGAGGAGACCUGGAAAGUGCUGGGGCUUCCCCCGUCCUCCUCAUCACCUAUAAGCCCAUCUCCACCCCAGGGGCAGCUCCCCCAGCCUGGGGAUCCUGGGAGCACAGCUCUGGGUCCCUUCUGUGCCCUGGAAGCUGUGCAUUGAGGAGCUGGGGAUUUGCUGACAUUGUGAACCCAGUGGCUUGUUUCUGUGGGACUCUCUCUUUCUAGAAGUUUCCUCUCUAGUUGGCAAGGCCUGACUCCUGAGGAAUCUCUCCUCGGAACCAAAGCCGGGGCAGGGGGGUGGAAUGGGGGGCUCAGGGAGAGGGUGAGGGGCAGGGAGUGAGUCGGGGGUGGCCUUGGGACCUUAUGAACCCAUUUCAUCCACCUUAGCCCUGGGGACAGCCUUGGGGCGGCUGGGAGCCAUCAGUCCCCAGGCAUGGCUGUAGGCAGGUGUCCCCCCGCUGCAGGAAGCCCCCUACUCCUGCACCUGGGAGCCUCGCCCUCCUCUGCCAGCGCUCCAGUGCUGAGCUCGCUUUUUGUCUAUUUCCUGCAUGUCCACCUUAUUCUCCCAGCCAUUGUCAGCUCCCUGAGGAGAGAGACUGCCCUCCAAGUAACCACAAAAGCAUAGCAGCAACUACCAAACACCAGGACACCCAAACGAAGGGAGGAGGGAUGAGCGGAUGAGGCAGGGAGCAAGGGGGGCUGCCCCAAGAGCACCCUGCAGGGGGCCAGCCGUGCCAGGGCCGGGCAGCAGGCACCUCAAGGUGGGAGGCGGACAGGCCUCGGUUGGUUGGAGGGCUGGUUAAGACAAACUGUGACUGUAGAAUAGGCCCUCUGUUUUAAAGGGUGUGCGAAUAAAAACUCCAACAAUGA